AUGAAAAUUGAUGACAAUAAUAAUUUUUUAUUAAAAAAUUAUGUUGAACAUCAUGUUCAAAUAAAAAAUCAAAUUUUUAGAAUACAACAGUUUUUUAUGAGAGUUAUUACCAUACUUUUUUUCUUCAGUUUAAUUACAUUGGGUGCGUGUAUUUUUAAAAUUAUUGAGUUAAAAUUACUUAGCAUUGAAUGUUUCUCCAUGUGUCUCUAUCUGACAUGUAUGUUGUUCCAAAUAUUUUUAUACUGUUAUCAUGGACAUGAAUUAACUCUAAAGAGUAAAAUUGUUCUUAAUGCCGUAUAUAAUAGUAAUUGGACAUCAUUAAAUUCUAAAAAUAGAAAAAGUUUACAAUUUAUUAUGCAAUUUAGUUCAAUGGGAGUUGUUAUAUCACAUCAUGGACAAUGUACUUUGAAUUUAAAUACUUUUGUUUGGAUAAUGAAAACAUCUUAUACUGCCUUGAACGUUCUUCGUAAAGAAUGA